GUCUGUGUUAAACUAAGCCUCCGAUAUAUUGUCGUGCGCCAGGGAAAAUCCCUCCCUCAACAUCAGAUUCAAUCCCAUCUUCGAUCAUCUAUCGACCUCUCUGUCGUGUUGUGUCUGGCCUCUACCUACUGCUGUCCCGCCGCCGCAACCAUGGCAAUUCCCUACGUCGACGAGCUCGACUUCAACAAUACCGAGACGAAGCUCGGUCUCUUCGUUCUCGCGCUGAUCGGGGGCGUCGCGUUGAGUUAUCAGCUGCUGCGCUGGGGGGGCUUUUUGCUGGGCACAUUUGUGCUUCCAGGCGCUUCUCUUACCCGCUACGCCCCCAAAGGCAGCUAUGCCGUCAUCACGGGCGCCUCCGACGGCAUCGGUAAAGAAUUCGCCCUCCAGCUCGCGAAGAAGGGAUACAACCUGCUCCUCAUCUCGCGCACCCAGUCCAAGCUCGAGGCCCUCGCGGCGGACAUCAAAAAGACGUACGGAGGCGUCGAGGUCUCCACUUUUGCCAUGGACUUUGCCCAGAACAACGAGGCCGACUACACGCUGCUGGGCGAGCUGGUCAAGACGCUGGACGUGGGCAUCCUGGUCAACAAUGUCGGGCUCAGCCACAGCAUUCCGGUCUCAUUCCUGGAGACGAGCGACGAGGAGAUGCGCGACAUUGUGACGAUCAACGUCACCGGCACGCUGCGCAUCACCAAGCUGGUCGCGCCCAGGAUGGUGGAGAAGAAGCGCGGCCUCAUCCUGACCAUGGCCUCCUUCGGCGGCGUCUUCCCCACCCCGUACCUCGCCACGUACUCCGGCUCCAAAGCUUUCCUGCAGCACUGGUCCGUCGCGCUGGCCGCGGAGCUGGCGCCUCACGGCGUGCACGUGCAAGUCAUCCAGUCUCACCUGGUCGUGUCGGCCAUGUCUAAGAUCAGGAAGACGUCGCUGCUCGUUCCGAGCCCCAAGGCCUUCGUGCGCGCGGCGCUGGGCAAGAUCGGCGUCAGGGCUGGCAGCCAGGACAUUGCCUACACGAGCACGCCGUGGUGGAGCCACGCGUUGAUGCAAUGGGUCAUCACCAACCUUGCCCCUGGCGGACAGAUGGGAACAUUUGUGCUGGGCAGGAACAAGGUCAUGCAUGAGCAGAUUCGGAAGAGAGCGCUGAGGAAAGCGGAGAGGGAGGCGAAGAAGCAGUGAGCCUGACCGGACGGAGCGCACGAACUCUCAUUGUGACUGUUUCGGCGUGUUCGAGACGAAAAGCAGUAGAAGCCAUGUGAGAAACAGGUCAGAAAAGUUGUCUUCAGGACAGAUGCAUGUAUUAUUUACUUUCUACCAGUUGCUAAUCAUACUCCGUCCUGCAUCAGGCCGCACCAUACGCAUAUCAAUUUCACCAUCUUCCC